AUGCAUGUUGACGAAACCUCAAGAGACGACAAGAAGCGCAGCUAUAAAAUGAAGUGGGCAUUGGCCAUUCUGUGGCUGUGCGCCACCAUGGCUCAACAAAAGCACCCGAGCGCCUUCACGCACGGCCACGUCUGGGACGAUCCGGCGUGCUACGAAGCAAGCAACAGCAGCUGCGCCUGGCGGAAAGGCAUUUCAUGUUUCGGGGCGCGUGUGAGGACCGCGCUUGCCCAGAACAUCACCGGCGGUCCGUCCCUUCAGCUGUUCCACAAGCCGCUCCUUCAAGCGCUGCCACACUGUGGAGGUCUGCUGCUCCCGCUCCUGUGUGCACACAACGUGCGGCCGUGCAUAGUCGAUUCCGAGCAAAAGACGCAGCUCUACCGCUUUCCCACCAAGCACUGCCACGAAAUGUUCGACGCGUGCCGGCCGCUCUUUGCGCUGAAGCCUGAGCUCAAGCAACAACUGCCCUUCGACUGCAACGCUGCAAUGUUCGUCAAUGAAGGAUGUGAGGACACAGUCACCGCUCAGCUGCCCGUGCUACCGUCUAGCGUCUGCUUCUCGGGCCUGCUCUACAAAGCCGCCGCUGCGCACGGAGAGCGCCCGAUGUUCGACCACUGCUACGCGACGUGCCACCUCGGCCACAAUGCCUCCUACGUCUGGCUGAAAUUCUGGGGAGCCGCCGCCAUCAUGCUCAUCCUACUCGUCUUCUCGGGCUGUCUCAUCUAUCGUUCCGGUGUCCUGAAGAAGAGCCCUGUUGCCCGACUUUUCGCGGCCGGCUCGCUAGCAGCGCUUCUCUACUCGGCGGCCUGGGCGUAUUCGUCCUUCGAUGGGGUGUUCGAUGCCGUCACCUGCAACUGGCGCUCGACCAGGCUGACCCUUGGAGUGGUCAAGGAGGGAUUUGGUCUCGGCUCGUGUACGUUACUGCAAUUGCUGCUCUCCAGCCUCCACAUCGCCUGCAGCGCGUGCUCAAUGCUCACCUUGCUCGUCUCCACCAUUGGCACACGGGCGGACAAUACGAAGAAUCGGCUGGCGAGGCGAUGGGUUGAAGCACUACUACAAAUCGAGGAUCGGAUGUGGCCCGGCAUCCUAGGAUACUGCUUCGUGACACCGCCAUUUCUCAUUAUGCUCAAUGGGGUCGAGCGCAACGAAUUCUCCGGUGUCUGCUUCCCCGGCAACUACUCCACGCUAGCUUACAUCUCACUCAUCGCGGCCUCACUGCUACUCGUUGCGCUCGUCGUGUUGCGGCCGACGGUGCUUGCCUUUUCUAAAAGCUGCUGCAAUUCGGACGCCGCCGAUGCGAUGAUGACUCCUCGCGGAAGCUAUCAACACGAGUACCAAAUGUUUGGAUGUUUGACGAAAGGCGUACAUCUCGUCGGGACGUUGGCGCUGCUCCUGUCGCCAAUCCUACAUUAUGUCUUCAUCUCUGGCUGGCUCGAGCAGCAGGAUGCCGCCUUCAACGACUACUUACGGUGCUUACUCGAUCAGGGCGUUAAUUCACCGGACUGUCGCCUCCCCGCCAACGAUUUGCGUGCCUACCUCUCGCUGGGCCUCUUCACGCUGCUCCCGGUGCUCGUCUACAUCUUCGCCAUCUUCCGCGACGCGCUCCCGGCCGUCUACCCGAACGUUGGAUGGGGCGUUGCGCGCUGGGCGCCCUCGCUACUCGCCAACAAGUAUUCCACGCUGUCCCUGGAGGUCGAGACGCCGGGCACGAGACCACGAUCCCGUCGCGGCUCGAAAGCCCGUGAAUUGAGCAGCACUGAAGGUUCUACAGAAAGCACCUACACGGAUUCGACACUGCCGCUCAGGAGAGGGCCCCCAAGCCAAGCUUGCCAGAUGGUCGCGCCGGUACGACGGGAAGCACGCGGCGAGCCAGAUCGCGAAACCUCGCCGACGGACACCGACGUCCCAUACGAAGAAGAUUUUAUGAGGGUAGACGGUCGGUUGCGCGAAAGACUGGCCCCGGGAGCCGAACCCGCUCAAGACGUGCUCGCCGAAUACGGCGUCGAAGAACAACAACCGGAAGACGAGGGCCGCAUCCGGGAGGCCGUGGACCGAAUCCAACAACAGCAUCGAUACGACGAUUUCGCUGUCCACCCAGACCCGAUGUCCUCGUCGAUGACGCCGCCCGAGAUCCAGCUACGCGCCGAUGUCAUACGCACCGUGCUCUCAAGCAGCGGCGAGGAUCCGGUGUUUCCGCUACAGAUAUUGAUCAUCUUGGAGGCGGCGUAUGUGGUGGCCCCGGUCAGUCCACAGCGUCCCAUCCCCAUCGGCCACGUUAUAUAUGCGCCAGAAGUCAUCCGCGGACUUCUCGGCCCACAUCCACCAAUUCCACCGUCAUUGCGCGCUCUCCCGACCUUCCGCGAACACUUCAGCAUCCUCGGCUUCCAGCAGGCGCUGCGCAUCGCUGCGGUCUUCAUCCGGCACGGCCCUCCUCGACAAUUGCCCGCCAUCCUGCGCGACCUCAACAUCGACAACAUCGUGCCGCGCGAGCUGCGCGACAGGGUCCAUGGGGGCGACGAUGUGGCGCUGGGGCAGGCGCUCGCGCUGGUAGAGGCGUCGCCGUUGCGCAUCGGCCGGGUGCCCGGCGACCGUGUCCAAGAAGCCUUCCUCUACCUGCGCGACUACCUCGACAUCCGCGCCGCCCAGCUAGGCCUGCCGCCCGCCAACGCCAACCGAGCCGGCCAUCUACCCCCACAGGAGGAUGACAGCGAAGACCACGCCUACGCCUCCUUCGAU